GUCUGGUGGGGGCACACAGUCCCUUGGUCAUCAGGUUUGGCCCUGACGCUGCCCUUCCUCUGAUGCUUCCAGAACACAAGGUUAUCAUCGUGGGACUGGACAACGCAGGAAAGACCACCAUUCGCUACCAGUUCCUGACCAAUGAAGUGGUCCAUACGUGUUCCACCAUCAGCAGCAAUGUGGAGAUCAUUCCACGGAAGACCCACUUCCUCAUGUAGGACCUAGUGGGGCAGGAGGCUCUGCACUCCACCUGGAUCACAUAUUACUCCAACACCAAGUUCAGCAUCUUUGUGAUUGAAAACAUGGACCAGAAUUGGCUGCUGACUGCCCCGGAGGAGUUAUAUAAAAUGCUGGCCCAUAAGGUAAGCCCUCUGCAGCUUCUGCGGGAUGCUUCUAUCCUGAUCUUUGCCAACAAGCAGGACGUGAAGGACUCCGUGAGCCUGGUGAAGAUCUCCCAGUUCCUUACUCUCAGCACCAUCAAAGAUCACUCGUGGUAUAUACAAGGCUGCUGUGCCCUCACUGGGGCAGGGUUAGUGGCUGCCCCACCAGGACCUCCAGGGCCUGGCUGAGCCAAUGGAUGACUGACCAUCAAAAUCUUCCUCCUGUCUCUCUCCUGUCAGAAUCUGGCUCACAGUUAGCUCCUGGGCCAAGCCAACUGAGCAUCUCCCUGCAGUUGAGACGUUGUGGGUAAGCCACGAGCAGACAGCAUCCCGGCUUGCAGGGGCUUGUUCUAGUGGAGAGAGAGAUAACACUCCACCUAAACGCAAUACAUACACACACAGACACACACACACACACACACACACACAUAUAUUUUUUGAGACAAAGUGUUACUCUUGUCACCCAGGCUGGAGUGCAAUGGCAUGAUCUCGGCUCACUGCAACCUCUACCUCCCACAUUCAAGCGAUUCUCCUGCCUCAGCCUCCCAAGAAGCUGGAAUUACAGGCACCUGCCACCAUGUCCAGCUAAUUUUUAUACUUUUAGUAGAGGUGGGGUUUCACCUUUUUGGCCAGGCUGGUCUCGAACUCCUGACCACAGGUAAUCCAGCAGCCUCAGCCUCUCAAACUGUUGGGAUUACAGGCAUGAGCCACCAUGCCUGGCUGCAAUAAUCUUAGGUUCUGAGAAGUGAUGUGAAGAAUCCCACUGGAUACCAGUAAUAGAGGGGAGAGGGAUAGGUCUGAUUUAGUUCUGGUAGUCAGGGCUGGCCUCUCCUAAGAGGUGACUUUUGAGCUGAGACCUGAAUGAAGAGAUGGAGACAGCCAUGGGGAGACCUGGGGAACAAGCCUUCCAGGCAGAAAUCAUUGACUUGCUCUGACCUUCAACUUCUUGUCUGUAAGGAGGAGGAUCAUUAUACCUCCCAGAGUUUCUGUAGAGUAAAUGACACAAUUCAGUCCACAAAUCUUUCUGGAGGUGCUCUCCUUUGUGCCAGGUACUGUUCUAGGCACUGGAGAAACAGCAGUGAGCAGAACAGACAAAAAAUCCCUGCCCUCAUGGAGCUUACUUUCCAGUAGUGGAGGCAGAUGAUAAACAAGAAAAAUUAUAAUCAGUUAGAAAAUGAUGGCCAGGCAUGGCAGCUCACACCUGUAAUCCCAGCACUUUGGGAAGCAGAGGUGGGUGGAUGACCUGAGGUCGGGAGUUUGAGCCCAGCCUGACCAACAGGGAGAAAUCCCAUCUCUACUAAAAAUACAAAAAUUAGCUGGGCAUGGUGGUGCAUGCUUGUAAUCCCAGCUACUUGGGACGUGGAGACAGGAGAAUCGCUUGAACCCUGGAGGUGGAGGUUGCGGUGAGCCGAGAUUGCACCAUUGCACUCCAUCCUGGGCAACAAGAAUGAAACUCUGUCUCAAAAAAAAAAAAAAAAAAAAAAAAAAAGGAAAUGAUAAAUGGCUUGAGCCCAGGAGUUUGAGAACAGCCUGGACAGCAGAGUGAGACUCUGUCUUUACAACAAACAAACAAACAAGCUGGGUGUAGUGGCACAUACCUGUAGUCCUAGUUACUCAGGAGGUUGAGGCAGGAGAAUCACUUGAGCCCAGGAGUUCCAGGCUUCAGUGAGCUCUGAUCAUGUUGCUGCACUCCAGUCUGGGUGACAGAGAAGACCCUGUCUUGAUAAAUGGUAAGAGGAAUAAAGACUAAGAAACAGAAAUUGGGCUGGCAUGGUAGCUCAUGCCUGUAAUUCAUGUGACUGGAGAGUCUGAGGCAGGAGGAUAGCUUGAGGCCAGGAGUUGGAGUCCAGCCUGGGCAACAUAUCCAGACCCAUUUCCAAAAGCAAAAACAAAGAAAAGGCAGAUUGGAAGUGUGUGGAGGGAAUGCUGCAAUUGUAGGUAAGUUAUCUGACAAGGGGCACUGAGCAGGUAACUACUGAGUAAUCACCUGAGGGUUUGAAGGAGUUGGGCCAUGUAGAAAGGGCCUUACAUCAGGCCUGAAAAAUUCCCUUUCCUCUUACGUGUCAAGUAGAAUCAUGGCAGGCUGGGCACCCAGGUGUCUCUUUUUUGAGGCAGGGUCUCACCCUGUCACCCCCAGGCUGGAGUACAGUUGUACAAACAUGGCUCAUUGCAGCUUCAACCUCCUGGGCUCAAGUGAUCCUCCUACCUCAGCCUUCCUAAUAGCUAGGACUACAGGUGCACACCACCAUGCCCAGAUAAUUUUUGUAUUUUUUGUAGAGACAAGGUUUGCCAUGUUGCCCAUGGCUGGUCUCAAACUUCUGGGCUCAAGCAAUUCUCCUGCCUCGACCUCCCAAAGUGUUGGGAUUACAGGAAUGAGGUACUGCGCCUUGCCCAGGCAUCUUUUUGAAGAAGGAGAGACUCAGGCAAGUCAGUCGAAGGGACCACACGUUUCUAGCAGUAUCCUUGCCACCCCUUAGGUCAGGAGAACCCUCUCCCACAACACAUAGUCUGUUCAAUUAAAUCGGCAUUUUCUUUCUUUCUUUUUUUUUUGAGACAGAAUUUUGCUUUCGUUGUCCAAGCUGGAGUGCAAUGAUGCGAUCUUGGCUCACGGCAACUUCUACCUCCUGAGUUCAAGUGAUUCUCUUGCUUCAGCCUCCCAAGUAGCUGGGAUUACAGGCAUGUACCACCACGUCUGGCUAAGUUUUAUAUUUUUAGUAGAGAUGGGGUUUCUCCCUGUUGGUCAGGCUGGUCUCAAACUCCCGACCUCAGGUGAUCUGCUCACCUUGACCUUCCAAAGUGCUGGCAUUACAGACAUGAGCCCCUACUCCCAGCCCAUGUCUGCUUUCUCACCACUAACUCCAGAGCCUCGCACAGUACCUGAUGCAAAGCAGGUACUCAAGUUAGUUUGUCUCUGUUAAUUGAAUGACUGGAUGUAACUUUGGUUCCUACAUCCAGUUCGCUCUGGGUGCUGGGAACUUGGGUGCUGGGGACUUGAAGGCUAUCAUUCUUUUGGGAUAUGCUGAUUCUUCCUGUUCUUCCCUCCCUUCAGGCUGCAAGCCAGCCUCCAGUGGAUCUCAGGCCAUGGCUAACUGAUGUCCCAGCCUGAAGCCAACCAGAAACUUUGGGGUUUUGCAUGGCCCAUAUGGGUGGAAAACCAAGUGGCUAUUUCUUACUUUUCUAUGGUUCUCUGGUGGGAGCAGCGGCUGCUAUGGACAGUGAGAUUGACACCAUCCUCCCAACUCGUAGCCGAGAAGCUGAACUGCAUACCCUGGAUUCCUGCAGACAGCACAGCAGAAUAAGCUGCCCCUCACGCCAUGGCCUCAGGCAUCCUUUUUGGAGACAUCAGGGAAAUGCCAUUGCAGAAUUAGGAAGUGGAACCCUCUCCCCUCCUCAGCCCUCAGCAUCUCGGUAGGAAAAAUGUGUGUGUGUUAGAAGGUAGAUUAAGAGACCCCUGAGGCCGAGUGCAAUGGCUCAUGCCUGUAAUCCCAGCACUUUGGGAGGCUGAGGUAGGUGGAUCACUUGAGGUCAGGAGUUCGAGACUAGCUUGGCCAACAUAGUGAAACCCCAUCUCUACUAAAAACACCAAAAAUUAGCAGGGCAUGGUGGCACAUGCCUGUAGUCCCAGCUACUUGGGAGGCUGAGGUAGGAGAAUCGCUUGAACCUGGAGGCAGAGGUUGCAGUGAGCAGAGAUUGCACCACUGCGCUUCAGCCUGGACAAUGAGAGUGAAACUCUGUCUCAAAAAAAAAAAGAGAGAGAGAGAUCCAUGGAAUUGCUCUUCAUUUCCUCAAACACACCUGCACCAUCAGGCUUUCUGGCCCCUCAGCCAUUGUUGUCCCAUUCCCUUUGGGCAAAGGAGAUUCCAGAAGGGUGAAGGAGGUGGGCUUAAGAAGAGGAGGGCAGGGGCAAAACUGGAAACAGAGGAGGACAGGACGUCCCAGAGAGGGAGAGCCCUUUGCACUGCAGGGAUUCCACUCUCAUCUACCCAUUCCCAAUGGGGUGCUGGCUCUGGUCACAGCUCUUGGACUUUCAGCCGCUCCAUAGCAUCCCCCUCACUUCUAAUGUCCUUCCAAUGUGAAUCCCACUUCUUCCAAAUAUGCCGGAUUCUUACAGGGGCUGCUUAUUUUGUUUCUUUGUGUAAUAAUUUAAAACAAUUGCAUUAGGAUUUUAAUAAAGCUGUAAUACAUGCUAUUUUCUCAAGACACACAAAAGAAAACAAAAGCUGUAAUAAAUGCUAUUGAAAACUGCUCA